AUUAUUAAUGUGAACGUACACAAAAACUUUCUCCUACGAACUUCAUACACUUUUUACUUUGAACUAAUCAAAGAAUUCAACAUUUUUAAACUACAGAAAAGUGACAUCAUUAACUAAACAUGGACAUUUUCUACUCCGAUCUGUUUGUCGAACAACAUGCAACAGAGCAGUUUUUCGUAUUGACCAACUUCGCCGUGGAUGUUGCCGCUAUUGGAGGUUUAUUGAUAUUUUGGGAAAUUCUGGCUCAGACUUUGAAGAAAUCGUCUCGGAGAAGGGGAGGCACCUGGUUACAAAACUUUCGUUUUUAUCGCCUGGGUAAGAAACAAGUGGAUAGAUUCAUGUAACUCAGGGAGAUAAACCCAUACAUUGGCAAUCUUAAGCAAGGAGAAAAAUAAACAUAUUAAUUGUUUAUGUUAUUCUGUCCCUGAUGUGGACCCGAAGGUCACCUUAGGAAUGUCAGAAUUCCAAAUGGAUCAUUUGAUUUACCAACACUUGCGUAACACUUAAGUAUUUAAACGAUAUCCUUCGUUGUCAAUUAAUAAUAAUUGAUGGACUGCAUUCAAGUAGUGUAAAUGAAACAUAAGAACUAGGUAUGCUAAACUUGAAUAAACUGGGCUCUGUUACUUGUUCUACUUCUAUGUGUCUUGUUGGCUGAUGAAGGCUCUAAGCCGAAACGUCCAUAUCUUUUGUCCUGUCUUUUUAUUCAAGCUCAGCAGACCUCGCUGUUUUGUUUCAUUGUCCUUUAAUGCUGCUCUGUGGCAUUACUCAACAUUUGCUUGUCUUCUUAUGCACCUUCCUAACAUUGAGAUAUGACUGUUGACAUAUUGAUUGGCUAGAAUCCAUGUUAACGUCACUGACGUAGUAAAGGCUCGCGAGCUCUUAUGUGGGCGUUUAUAUCUUACUUGGCUCUUCCCGAUGUUGAAUAAAUCUAAUUUCAGUUUGAAAUGAUUUGGACAAGAGAAUACAGUCACCCCGUCUCAAGUCUGAAAGGUUCAGUGUGGGGCCAUCGUAGAAAAUGAUACACUCAAAUUAAAAAAAAUAGAUUGAUUAAAUAAUUGAGCCGCUUUGGAGGAAAAUUCAUAUCGCUGAAGACUCUCCCGAAGCCAGCCUUAGUGUUUAAAAGCGCCAUUGGAGUUGACAAAGGCAAAAGUCUGGAAAUGUAUUCAUCAGUGCUUACAUGACAAUGUUUCUUUUCGUAAAGCGGAAAAGACUCUUCUAGUGAGUGAAGCAGUGGAUAUGCCUCUCUAGACUCUUCUAGUGAGUGAAGCAGUGGAUGUGCCUCUCUAGACUCUUCUAGUGUGUGAAGCAGCGGAUAUGCCUCUCUAGACUCUUCUAGUGAGUGAAGCAGUGGAUAUGCCUAGGCUCUCUAGACUCUUCUAGUGAGUGAAGCAGCGGAUAUGCCUCUCUAGACUCUUCUAGUGAGUGAAACAGCGGAUGUGCCUCUCCAGUUGUUAGAAUCAGAGAGUUACAUUUUUAUAGACAGUUUGAUGUCGCUUCCGGUCAUCCUAGUAUUUGACAUUUCUUUUGUUUCUGAAAUGUUUUGCAGAAAUUUUUUAGUAAGACAUUUGUUAGUAUGACAUUAGUUAGUAUGAAAUUUGUUAGUAUGACAUUUGUUAGUAAUCUGCACAACCCCUAAUGCCUUGAAGUUUUCCACCUUGUGCCUGGGUCGUUUUAUGUCAUCAAUGCUAACAGUGCCUAAAUCGAAGUUCAGGUAUACUUCGGCAUCUAAAAUGCUUGCAAGCAUUUGGCGUUCGAGACGGGCUAAGAGCUAUUCCAAAUAUUGCCUUCUUCUUUUCACCCGUUUGCUCCUAUGAGAUGACAGUUUCACUCGGAUUGUCCAGUCUCUGUCCAUGAUUUACUUUCAUCUGCUAUGUCAUCAAGUGCAGUGUCUCCCAGCAGCGCAGGAAGGAGGGCAGAGAGGGCGGUACUCCCCGGGGGGGACAUUUAUUCUUUUUUUAGGGGUUGCCUUUUCGGCCAACUACGGAGUUUUUUCUAAAAGUGAGAGCGACGCCAUCCAGUGAGAUUAAAGUGACCACUUAGUUAGAUGAGAGCGACUGCAUCCAGUGAGAUUAAAGUGACCACUUAGAUGAGAGCGACUCCAUCCAGUGAGAUUAAAAUGACCACUUAGUUAGAUGAGAGCGACUCCAUUCAAUGAGAUUAAAGUGACCACACUUGGUUAGAUGAGAGCGACUCCUUCCUAUUAUUUAUCUUCCCGACCAUACAGAUAAUUUCUCGUGGUUUAAUUUUUCCCCAAACCCCGUCCAUCUUGCUCAGGUUUUACCACUUUAACAAUUGUGGACCUGUAUUGAUAUUAUUAAUUUCAAAUGAAAUUUAAAGUUUGUUCAAUAUCGCUUUAUUAAAAUUUUCAGUUCGUAGCUUUUUAGUCGGACUGAUGCUUGGUGGUCUUAAUCACAUGUGGUACAGGAUAUUGGACACCUACCUGCAUGAAUUUAAUAUUCCAACAUUAAUAAUGAAAGUAAUCAUCGACCAAGACUCUGGUGCCCCAUUCAUGAGAUCGUGCAACCUUUUCGGUCAGUAGUCAAAUGUGGCAUUGUAUUUAGACCAGGAACUCGUUGAGAGGGUAUUUAGACUUGGUAUUUAUUGAGAGGGUAUUUAGGCUAGGUAUUUAUUGAGAGGGUAGUUAGACUAGCUACGUAUUGAGAGGGUAUUUACACCAGUAACUUAUUGAGAGGCUAUUCAUACCAGUAACUUGUUGAGAGGGUAUUUAGACUAGUUACUUAUUGAGAGGAUAUUUAGACCAGUAACUUACUUAAAGGGUAUUUAGAAUAGUUACUUUUUGAGAAGGUAUUUACACCACGGUUUUGUUGAGAUCCGAGUUGCCUGAAAUGAGUCAAUCCUCAGGCUGUGGUAAAGAGUUCAAACCCCAGCAAAGCCUAGACUAGCAACAAAGUCAAACUCCAGCAAAAGCCUAGACUAGCAACAAAGUCAAACCCCAGCAAAAGCCUAGACUAGCAACAAAGUCAAACCCCAGCAAAAGCCUAGACUAGCAACAAAGUCAAACCCCAGCAAAAGCCUAGACUAGCACCAGCAAAAGCCUAGACUAGCAACAAAGUCAAACCCCAGCAAAAGCCUAGACUAGCAACAAAGUCAAACCCCAGCAAAAGCCUAGACUAGCAACAAAGUCAAACCCCAGCAAAAGCCUAGACUAGCACAAAAGUCAAACCCGGGUGUAUGGGACUCAUUAACAUUGGAUGCCAACCCAUUUAAGAGAAGGCAAACUCUGAUAUCAAACCCGGAGAAGGCGUAUGAAACGGACACAAUGAAACUUCCUGCGACGUGGAACACUUGGAGAGAAUAUUGCCUCGGUCAUCUUCGCAUGCGAAGGACAAACCAUACUUUGAUAGUGUAAUGGCACCAGUUUCUUUGCAUAGUGUAAUGGCACCAGUUUCUUUGCAUAAAGUAAUACAAAAGUCCUUCAACAUGCUGGAAUUUCUCAGAAUUCACACGUAUAAAAAUAAAGACAAGACAAGCAAGAUGUACUGGACAUGUUUCGAUAAUGGCAGACUGCUGAAACAACUCAUUCACGGUGAACUAACCAAGGGGAAACUCUCGGUUGCAAUUGUGGGCAGAAGAAAAACAAAGUUGCCCUAAACUCCCGAGAAAGACCUGCAUCAGCUUACGAGGCAGACUCAUUGUUGGAGCAAGCCCUACGCACAAGAACAAUAUCCUCCAGUGGAGCCCAAAAACCUGUCUCCGACAUGCGGAGGAGCAACUCAAGCACAAAGAACAAUCCACCUGCGUAAUCAGCGUCGAAAAUAGCCUUGGUCAAUCUUCGCAGAUAGUGUAAAGGGUAUUUUAGAAAUUAAUUCUUUAUGAUAAUGUGAACUGAAUACAUGAUUGCUUGGUCGUGAAAGUUCUUCUUAUAAUAUCUUUGCAUAUGUUUGUGGGAAAUGCUUUGACAUUUGUACAGAUGAUAGAUUUACUUUAUUUUGUUAUAUCGUGAGAAAAUAAUUCUCAAGUAAAGUGAGGGUAAACAUUGGAGUAGGGCUCAUUAAUCAACACAUUUGUUUGAUCUACACAGUGACGUCAGUGUUGGAAGGACACUCGUUAUCGACCAUCUACCAUGACUGGAAGCCCAGUGCUCUAAAUAAGGCAAGUCUAUUAAGACUGACACAUUACCUAGUGCUCUAAAUAAGGCAAGUCUAUUAAGACUGACACAUUACCUAGUGCUCUAAAUAAGGCAAGUCUAUUAAGACUGACACAUUACCUAGAGCUCUAAAUAAGACAAGUCUAUUAAGACUGACACAUUACCUAGUGCUCUAAAUAAGGCAAGUCUAUUAAGACUGACACAUUACCUAGUGCUCUAAAUAAGGCAAGUCAAUUAAGACUGACACACUACCUAGUGCUCUAAAUAAGGCAAGUCAAUUAAGACUGACACAUUACCUAGGGCUCUAAAUAAGGCAAGUCUAUUAAGACUGACACAUUACCUAGUGCUCUAAAUAAAGCAAGUCAAUUAAGACUGACACAUUACCCAGUGCUCUAAAUAAGGCAAGUCUAUUAAGACUGACACAUUACCCAGUGCACUAAAUAAGGCAAGUCUAUUAAGACUGACACAUUACCUAGUGCUCUAAAUAAGGCAAGUCUAUUAAGACUGACACAUUACCUAGUCCUCUAAAUAAGGCAAGUCAAUUAAGACUGACACACUACCUAGUGCUCUAAUUAAGGCAAGUCAAUUAAGACUGACACAUUACCUAGUGCUCUAAAUAAGGCAAGUCAAUUAAGACUGACACAUUACCUAGUGCUCUAAAUAAUGCAAGUCAAUUAAGACUGACACACUACCUAGUGCUCUAAAUAAGGCAAGUCAAUUAAGACUGACACAUUACCUAGUGCUCUAAAUAAGGCAAGUCAAUUAAGACUUACACAUUACCUAGUCCUCUAAAUAAGGCAAGUCUAUUAAGACUGACACAUUACCUAGUGCUCUAAAUAAGGCAAGUCAAUUAAGACUGACACAUUACCUAGUGCUCUAAAUAAGGCAAGUCAAUUAAGACUGACACAUUACCUAGUUCUCUAAAUAAGGCAAGUCAAUUAAGACUUACACAUUACCUAAUGCUCUAAAUAAGGCAAUUCAAUUAAGACUGACACACUACCUAGUGCUCUAAAUAAGGCAAGUCAUUUAAGACUGACACAUUACCUAGUGCUCUAAAUAAGGCAAGUCAAUUAAGACUGACACAUUACCUAGUCCUCUAAAUAAGGCAAGUCAAUUAAGACUGACACAUUACCUAGUCCUCUAAAUAAGGCAAGUCAAUUAAGACUGACACAUUACCUAGUGCUCUAAAUAAGGCAAGUCAAUUAAGACUGACACAUUACCUAGUGCUCUAAAUAGGGCAAGUCAAUUAAGACUGACAAAUUACCUAGUGCUCUAAAUAAGGCAAGUCAAUUAUGCCUGACACAUUACCUAGUGCUCUAAAUAAGGCAAGUCAAUUAAGACUGACACAUUCCGUUUAACACCCAAUAAUUCAUUGACUUUAUAGCGCGAGGGUGCAUAGUGUUAUUUUGCCCCCCCUCCCCCUCUCCCAUAUUGCUAAUAGUUUAAUUAUAAUAAAAUGUGUCCGACGCCUUAAGUAUUUUAGUACUCUUUAUUUUAGAAUGCUCAAUAAAAUAUUAACAAUCGUGCUACAUUUGUCAUAAGAUUAUGCAGUGCUUCAUUGCGAAGUUAAAGACUUGAGUUAGCAAGAGACGGACAUGGCCAUUUAUUGUAUAACGACUUGAGUUAGCAAUACACAGACAUGGUCAUUUAUUGUGUAAAGACUUCAAGAAACAGACGUGGCCAUUUAUUCCAUACGGAUUAGAUUCGUAAAUUUCAGAAUAAUUUAUCUAAUGGCGCAACUUGAACUGAUUGACUCCAAUUAGAAUUUAAAAAACCUCUGGAAAAAGUUAAUAUGUUGAAUUUUUUUUUUUUCUUCGUCCCAGAGAGGCAUCGACAAGAUUUUGCAUAAAUUGUAUAGGCGUAGGGCCUACCUUUUUAUACAUUGCGAGCAAAAACCGAAGUCACUAAAGCUAAUUAGAAAAUUAAAAGUAAAUUUGAAGUGUUUUCUGAAAUCGGAAAUGAAGAUACAAAAGAGAAUACAAGAUACGUCACCACAUUUGCUUGUGUUACUCAAUAAAAUAACUAUAUUUUUUUUAUUACUUUGACAUGGUUCAUCGAAGAGCUUUAGUAAUUAGUUGAGUGUGUCGCAAUAUUAUUUUUUGUUGUUGAAAAUGUCCUAACUACUGUGUUCUCUUACAGCCUGACUGGCGAAUCAUGUACACGACACAGUUCAUCAACUUCUUUUACCUUCAAUCGCGAACCCGUACAAUCUAUGUACACUGCGUGGCCUUUGUCAUCAACUGUUACCUGCUUUACAAGAGAUACGCCGCUCAAUCCAACGCUCAUGCAGCUGAUGUGAGUCAAAUCAUUUAUUAACUGAUAGUCCGUUGUUUUGGCGAUCUCUUUGAGUCGGUACACUGCAAAUUGUUAGAUAUUCUCUUUCUUAUGAUACCUAACAUCACUAACUACCCUAGUCUAAAUUAAGACUCACACAAACAACACUAGUCUGACUUAAGACUCACACAAACAACACUAGUCUGACUUAAGUCUCACACAAACAACACUAGUCUGACUUUAGACUCAGAUAAACAAUCCUAGUCUGACUUUAGACUCAGAUAAACAACACUAGUCUGACUUUAGACUCACAUAAACAACACUAGUCUGACUUUAGACUCACAUAAACAACACUAGUCUGACUUUAGAAUCACAUAAAAAACACUCGUCUGACUUUAGACUCAGAUAAACAACACUAGUCUGACUUUAGACUCACAUAAACAACCCUAGUCUGACUUUAGACUCAGAUAAACAACACUAGUCUGACUUUAGACUCACACAAACAACACUAGUCUGACUUUAGACUCAGAUAAACAACACUAGUCUGACUUUAGACUCAGAUAAACAACACUAGUCUGACUUUAGACUCAGAUAAACAAUCCUAGUCUGACUUUAGACUCACACAAACAACCCUAGUCUGACUUUAGACUCAGAUAAACAACACUAGUCUGACUUUAGACUCAGAUAAACAAUCCUAGUCUGACUUUAGACUCACACAAACAACCCUAGUCUGAUUAGUUGAUACGAUAUGCCAAUGACACAAGCUCUUAAGUUGGACUGAUUCCACAUUUCUCAUGUUAUUAAAAAAUCACAACCAAUUUGGUGUGUUUUGAAAUAACUUAGAUGUUCGUAAUGUUAGAAACAAUUUUCAUUAAGCCGAAUAAGAGAUUCAAUAAAUCCACAGUAGGGCCUAUAUCAAUCGCUAAUCCCCUCAUGACUAUAUGCAGCUUUCGUUUUCAAUAGAUCAAUGGAAAUUUAUAGCUCUAUGGAAUUUAUAUCAUAAAUGAGUAAUAAAUAUCUUCAAAUUUACUUUCAGUCUGUCCACGGUCGCCCUUCCGCUACUGAUUAAUUUAUUAUGAAGGAUCGACCUGUGUCUAUCAGUUAAAAGGUGGGCAAGAUGUGUACGGGGAAUAGGGCAAGAUAUGUACGGGGAUUCGGGCAAGAUAUGUACGGGGAAUAGGGCAGCGGUCGUUGGCCCUGAUAGUGAUAUCUUUUUUAAUCGUACGCUUUAAACGUGAUUACAAAAAUACAUUUUUUUCAGUUGAUCCCAAACCUAAAACCUUAAAAAUAAAAAAUAAAUAAAUAAAAUAAAUAAAUAAAAACCACCACGUUUGACAAGCCCUGAAUCAUUAGAAUGAAAACAAUGAAUAGUUUAAAAAGAAUUCAAAUUAUUAUGAUUUUUUUAGAUUGAUUUAAGAUUGUAAAAAAAAUUCUUGACUGGCAUAUCCUUAUACAUUUUUGAAUUUUAGCUUGAUAAAAUCAUCACGAUUUAGAUUUAAAAAGAAGAUGAAUUACAUUGUCAUAAAAAGUCUGUUAAUUACCAAUCAUAAAAAGUCUGAUAUUACCCAAUUAUAAAAAGUCUGUUAUUUACCAAUCAUAAAAAGUCUGUUAUUUACCAAUCAAAUCUUAUAUGUUUCAGGCUCUAUGGAUGGGAAUUGUCACAUCGUGUUUAUUGAAGCAAGAUCAAGAAAAGAUACAAAGAACAAAAGAAAUCAAGGCUACGCAAAUAAAGUUCUUUAUUUUUUAAAGUUUGUAGGAG